CAAACUAAACAAGUACGUUUGAAAAUCGGAAGUGUGAAAGUAGCGAAUAUUUCGUUGAUUAUUAAUUUCAAACAAAAUUUUAAGAAAUACCUUUAAAAAAAUGAUCGAUCUUUUGGAAUUAAAAGAUCUAAGUGAGUUAGAAAAAUUAAGAGAUUUAUACCGUCGUGAUUGGCCAAACAAUUGUGUGGGUUAUUAUUGUUUGGAUAAUUUUUUAAAAUGGAAAAAGAAAGAUGUACAUUUGAAAAAUCUCAGAAUCUUGACGUCCGCAAAAGAAGAAGGUCUUUACGUGAUUAUAGAUCGUUAUCAGUUGUUUGUAGGUUCUUUGAAUAAAGAAAAUUGUGAUAAUUUAACACAGGCCCUUAAAAGCCUAGAUUGGUCGAAAGGCUUUAAGGUCAGUUCAUUUUUAGAAUGUCACCGAACGGCUGUAUUGAAUACGGUUGAAAGUAAAAAACUUAAUUUAGAAUAUGAUAGUUUGACCUUAAUGUAUUAUCUGCCAAAUGCAGAGGCUAAAAAUUUGGAUUUAAGUUGCCCCAAAGGUUUUAUUAUAAAACCUCUUACUUCUGCAAAAGAUGCUGAGCUGAUUAAUUCCUUGUGGCCGAAUCGUCAUGAAGGUUCUUUAUUUUUAAUUAAACGUUUAAUUGAUUGGAAUAUAAAUAUGGGUAUUUAUGUUGAAACCACAAAUGAACUGGUGGCCUGGUGUUUAAGACUACAAGGAGGUUUCUUGGGAGCUUUACAAGUUAAAGAAGAAUACAAACGUUUAGGCUUAGGAGCCGCAGUAACACGUGCCACUUCCCACCGCAUAGCCGAAGAUGGCGAUGAUGUUAUGGCUUUAGUUAAUAAGGAUAAUAUACCAUCGCGUCGUACUUUUGAAAAGUUAAAUUUUAAAGUAACAGAACAGUGUUAUUGGCUAAGGUCACUUCCCUCUAUAGAAAAUAAUAAUUGGCCCGAAGAUGAAUGAGUUCAAUAUUUAUAUACGAAUUGGCAAAUCUGCCGGGAAAAAACAUAUUUAGUAUUGGUAUCAUGAUAGGCUAUGGCUGAUGAUGUGUAUUAUAUAUCGUUAAUAAAAUCCUGAAAAGUACUUCUUAUAUAUUUUGAACUUUUUUAAUGAAAAUUCUGUAAAAUUUUUACAUAAAUCACAUUAUUUCUCUAG